AGAUAUUUACUAACAGCGCAAUGUGACUUUUAACACCGGUUCUCCAUGUGCACGGCCCUGCAGAAUUGGGCCAUAUAAAACCGCUCCCCAAACCCAGCUGGCUGGACGUUUUCCUCUCCCUCUAUUCUCUCACUGUAGCAGCCAAGCGAAGGAUUCCUCUUUCUUUCUCUCUUUCUUUUUCCAUCCCUCCCUCCGUUAGUGCAAGCCCAAGACGCAAGAUCCUGCCGAGGGAAAGUGCUCAUUGAAAUCAUCACCACCAGCGAACCUGCGCCUGAGGCUCAGAGGAAAUAAAACUCCUUUAUAGCCAACCUCCUGCGGCUGAGGACUUAAUAGCAUGGCAAUGGCUCCAGGCUCUAAGAGAUUCACACUCACCUUUGUCCGGUACAUGGGAUCUGUCUGUUUUCUUCUCCAGAUCGUCUCUGUUGAGGCUGAUGGGAAGUUGUUCACAGCUGAAUCCAGAAACAGCUCUCAGGAUCUGAACCUAACCACAGCUCAGAAAUUGUGUACGGACCUGGGCGCUCGCUUAGCCACUGUAGAGGAAUUGAGACAGGCGGUAGUGGACUGUUCUUUUGCCGCGUGCACCAGAGGUUGGCUGUCCGACGGUACCAUUGGGACAAUGGUGUGCAGUAAGACAGGCAGCAACGAACAGAGUGUGAAAGCUAUCGAUGUUAACAUUGAAAAUGAUCCCUCUCCCAGUGGCAGAUACAAUGCAUUUUGUGUGAAAGAUGAAGACAAACCAUGUGGGGACCCCCCAUCCUUCCCUCACACGAUCCUGUAUGGUCACACUGGGUUUGAAAUGGGGGAUGAGCUGCUAUAUGUUUGUGCUCAGGGCUACGUCAUGGGCAACAAAGACACUGCUUUUACGCUGCUCUGUGACAGCUGUGGGGAAUGGUAUGGGCAAGUUCAGGCCUGUGUCAAAGAUGAGACUGAGGCACACAUUGACUAUGAAGAUAAUUUUCCUGAUGACAGGUCUAUGCCUGUGGCUGGGCAUGAGGAAGAGCAUGGCAAAGAGGAAGGGGAGGAGGAACAAGAGCAGGAGUUUUCCCACCCUAAAGAAACAGAGGCAGAAAGAGUUGGAAGCAGCAAAGAUGUUACUCAGGGUAUAGAUUCUACUGAGAAAGGAAGGAAGACACCAACUGAAUCACCUGUAUCAUUGCUGAGCCAAAAACACUUGUUUUGGUUCCCUGCAGAGUCUUUCAAUGAACCUGAAUCUGACAAAGACACAAACGAUGCCACUAAAACACUAUUUUCUGAUGGCAACAACCACAUUGGAGUGAAAACCAUCUAUAAUGAACCUGGCAACAAAAUGAUUUAUGACAGCAAGGAUUUCCACAUUGGACCUGUUUUUGUGAACAAUGAUACAAAGACAAUGAAAGAUACAGUCACCAAUACUGAUGAAUCCUGGUUAGAUGGUUACCCUGUAACUCAGGAAGCAGUGGAGGAUGACGAAGAGGAGGAUAAGGUUGAUGGAUCAAUGGGAACAGAAGAUGACAUUAGCCUUACAACUGAUCAACCAAAUCAUGUUGAAGUUAGGAAAGCAGGCAACAGUAAUCCAGCCCCAGACAAGGAUUUAACACAGAUUGUGGCAGCCCCAACAAGGAUGCACGAUUAUGGGAUCAAAGAAGUACCAUUAGUACUAACACCAACGAGUGCUCCCGAGAACGUGAGUGCUAGCAAGGGCUCUGAGGAUGUGAUCAGGUAUCAUGCAACUACAUCUUUGGGAUUUGUGACUCGGGAGUCUACUACAACAACUACACAGCAUGACUGCCCUAGCUUGAAAACUGCUACAUUGAAAACCUCUACAACAGUCAGUACCAUUGACCACAUUCCAUAUCCAGAGACAGAAGAAACAACAGCAUACUCAACACAAGCAGCAGCCACUAUACCAACUCAGGAGGUCUUUACUAACUCAUUGUCUAAUGAAUUUCUUGAGCAAGAAAAUCUCACUGAUGGCACAGGAGAAAAACUUCUUCCCACUUCUGAACCUUGCGUAGGAGAGAAUUGUCCUAGCCCGAGUAAAGGUCCCAUGAUAGCUAUCACUGUGAUUGUUCUAUGUUUAUUACUGUUUGUAUCUAUACUGGCGGUGUGGUGUUUCAAAAAACGGCAACAGAAGAGUUCUGUAUAUAAAUUGAACGGAAAAGGUCAGGCUAGACAUCCCCAUCACCACCAACAGAUUGAAAUGCAGAAAGUCUAACCUGCUACCUGUUUUUUGGCAGACACUAGAAAGCAAGAAAAAAAGUCACAUGAAUGGUGGACACUGAAAUCCAUCAGUGCAGGAAGCAGAGGGCAAAAAACCAAACAAAAACCAAAAAAAACCCUGUGUGAGACAGAAGGAAGUUCAGCUGUUUGAAAUCACAACUUAAUAUAUCUUGACAUUUCAGUGUUAAAGAAUCUGGACAUUUUUACCACAUGGGUCUUUUUGGAGAUCUCAGCAAAAAAGAAUGUAGUGCAACUGGAGAUCAUCCAGCAUUUACAUUUUGCUCAUAUUAAUUAAUAAAAGCAAAUUCUUUGUCUACGACAUUGUCUGGUUACAAACCAAUGGCAGGACUGGUCAGACCUUUCUGCUUUACUUUCAGUGAGCCAGACAAAGAGAUGUGGGGCAAAAGUCUCUCUUUGAGCUACUACAUAUGUUGGUGUUUGUUAU